AUGAAAGCUGCUUUGCGUGCCUACCCAGAUCAGCAGCGUUGGAGCGAAUAUCUUCCAUUAGUCCUUCUUGGCUGUCGAGACUUGAUUAAGGAGGAUCUCGAUUAUUCCCCAGCAGAACUUGUUUCUGGCACACCUCUUUCAUUGUCAGGCCAGAUGUUGGCCCCAGUGGAUCUGUCCACACAAGACCCCGCUAUGUACAUACACAGACUUCUCAAAUACAUGCAAGAACUGCCACCCAUGUCAACACGACACCACACCACUAAAUCAUCAGUUCCAAAAGACAUUAAUUCUUGGACCCAUGUGUUUUUACGAAACGAUGCUGUGAAAACCCCUCUCACACCUCCAUACAUGGGACCCUAUCACGUCCUGUUGCACACAGACAAACUAUAUACCAUAGAUAUUAAUGGUAAAAAGGAAACUGUCUCAAUAGAUAGGCUGAAGGGGACAUACACAGUCAGUCAUACAGUACCACCUCGUACACCCCCCAUCAUUCACGGUACAACAUAA